GUUGUGACUUGGACCUGGACCUCUCAGUUCGUGGGUACGGUCAUUACCACUGCAUCACAAGGGGGCUGUGAAACCAGAAUACUGCCAAACUCAGCUUCGAGAUGUUCCUGAACACUUCUCUGGAGUGGAUGGCACUCUAAACCAGGCCUCUGGGUCCAAGUUUUACUGGGUAUACUGCUGCCAUAUUCGACAUGAUAUAAAAUGAAUGUUCUAAUAAAUCGUUUUGGUAGAGUGAAGCUACGAAUAAGAAAUGUCAAUCCAUUUUAUUUGGCAAAUUGCAAUCAAAGACUUUUCUGGACAUUGAAGACACAAUUCAGAUCAUUCUCAAAUAAUAAGACUUGUAAGCCUCAGAAUUUCACAGACUAUGAAUCUAUUAAACAGCAGUACAAACCACAAGUGCCAGAAUACUUCAAUUUUGCAAGGGAUAUCCUCGAUAAGUGGAGUGAAAUGGAAAAGGCUGGAAGCAGAGGUUCAAAUCCUGCUUUCUGGUGGUUGAGUGAACACGGGCAAGAAGUGAAAUGGAGUUUCCAGGAUCUUGACAUUUACUCUAAGAAGGUGGCCAAUGUCCUGUCAGAUGCCUGUGAUCUACAGUUAAAGGAUCGAGUCAUUGUUAUUCUGUCCAGAGUUCCAGAAUGGUGGCUUAUAAACAUAGCAUGCAUCAGAACAGGUACUGUACUGAUCCCUGGCACAACUCAGUUAACAGCCACCGAUAUUUUACACCGGCUUCAAGCCUCCAAAGCAAAAUGCAUCAUUACAGAUGACAGCCUGGUGGAUGCUGUAGAUUUGGUGGCAUCCAAGUGCUCGUCUCUCAAAGUAAAGGUGACAAUAUCGCAUACACAAAGAGGGGGAUGGAUAAACUUCCAAGAUCUUUUCCGAAAUGCAAAAGAAUACCACAAAUGUGCAAAUACCAAGAGUUUGGACCCAAUGGCCAUUUUCUUUACCAGUGGAACUACAGGAACUCCAAAAAUGGCCCUUCAUACCCACUGCAGUUAUGGAAUGGGCCUUACAGUAAAUGGAAGGUACUGGUUAGAUCUCACUCCCUCUGAUGUGAUGUGGAAUACCUCAGACACUGGCUGGGCUAAGUCUGCAUGGAGCAGCUUCUUUUCACCUUGGAUUCAAGGAGCUUGUGUUUUUGUCCAUCAGAUGCCACGGUUUGAUUCGAAAAUUAUAUUGGAAGUUUUAUCCACGUAUCCCAUAACAACCUUCUGUUCUCCACCUACGGUAUAUCGUAUGCUAGUGCAAAAUAAUGUCAAAAGUUACAGAUUCAAAAGCCUCCAGCACUGUGUGAGUGCUGGAGAGCCCAUGAACCCUGAAGUGAUGGUGACUUGGAAAAAACAAACGGGCUUAGACAUCUAUGAAGGAUAUGGCCAAACUGAGACUGUAUUAAUCUGUGCAACAUUCAAAGGGAUGAAAAUUAAGCCUGGCUCAAUGGGGAAGCCAUCUCCAGCAUAUAAUGUGCAGAUUGUUGAUGAUAAUUGCAAUGUGGUUCCUCCUGAAGUGGAAGGUGAAAUUGCCAUUCAAAUGAAGCCUGUUAAACCCUUUGGCCUCUUUUCUGGAUACAUUGAUGAUCCACAACGAACUGGCGCAGUUCUACGAAAUGAUUAUUUUCUGACUGGAGACCGUGGUAAAAUGGAUGAGGAUGGGUACUUCUGGUUUCUUGGAAGAUCAGAUGAUGUAAUUUUAUCAGCUGGGUAUCGUGUUGGACCAUUUGAAGUAGAAAACGCACUGAUAGAGCAUCCAGCUGUCGCUGAAUCUGCUGUGGUUGGAAGCCCAGAUCCUGUCAGAGGAGAGGUUGUAAAGGCAUUUAUUGUUCGAAGUUCUACUUGUACCUCUCAAGAUCCUGAUGAAUUAAUUAAAGAAUUACAAGAUCAUGUUAAGAAAAUCACAGCACCAUAUAAAUACCCAAGGAAGAUUGAAUUUGUGAAGCAACUGCCCAAGACUAUUAGUGGAAAGAUCAAAAGAAAUGUGUUACGAAAGAAAGAAUGGGAGAAAAAAAUCUGAGACCGAAUUCAUUAUUGUAUAACAUUGUAAAAUGAAGUAAUUAAUACAAGCAAAACAUGUAUUGAAUGAAUAAU